AUGAUGUUUAUCAUCAUCAUUUCAACAUUAUGUUUAUUUGGCCUGGUACAAGGUGAAAUAUGUCGUCAAAUUUUACCAAAUACUUCAAAAAUUGAAGUAUUCGAAUGUCCAAGAUUAUUUGAAUCACGAAUAAAAUCCUGGUGUUGUCAAUCGAAUACAUUACAUCCAACCUGUUGUCAAUGGAGUGAACGUCUUGGUGAAGCUGAACCACAACGUAUUUCAUUAUCGUCGAUAAUAAUAAAAAUAUUUUUGGUCAUUUUAUCGGCAUUCAUAUUGGUCAUUUUAUAUUAUUUUUGUAUUCGAAGAAAAAAUGAUAAAUACCAUCAACAACAACAGCAUCAACAUCUUUCUUCUACAAAUUAUCAUCGUGCACAUCAUCCUGAUCCUAGUUGUCCACCGGCAUCAUCAUUGAAUACUACUAUUACCACUACAAAUAGAUCUAAUAAUUAUAAUAAUAAUCAAAAUAACGGAAAUGGUGCAACUAUAAGAAGAUCAAUAAAUGAUGAACAAACAAUGCCAAUGUUGGAACCACCACCACCAUAUGAAUCGAUUGCUAUUACAAAUACAAAUGAUAAUAAUAAUGAUAUGAUCAAUACGAUUAAUAUAAAUGUACCUCAACAACAACAAAAUCAAUCAUUAAUCGAUGAAGAAAAUUAUAAUAAUGGCCAAAUAAUAACAACAACAACAACAGGAAUCAAUAGACAAUCACCAUAUAAUCCAGAAUUUAUAAAUAAAACUUGAUACUCAUCACCAUCAUCAUCAUCAAUUGGUAUUUGGAAUUCCAUACAAAAAAAAA